UCACCUUCCCUCAAUUUUCUGUUUCAUGGUUCCGUGCCCAGGAAGUGCUGGGAGAAGGAGGUUUGGUAAAUUUGUCAGUUUUACAGCUCAUUUGGAAAUCUUUGUGACUGCAGUCGGGUGCUAGCAGUAACCAGUUAAGUUUUUCAGAUUGUCCUCCAAUGUCUUCACACACCAGUACAAGACCUGCAUUUGAAUUUGGACCUAUCUAUGUACGUGAAAAAGGACAAUUGCGCCUGUUGAAUGGUGCUCCAAACCUAAAGCCAAGCACUGAAAAAUCCAAGUCACUGCGACUGUUUCAAAAGGGCUUCACUGUUAAACUGUGUAUCGAGGAUGGAGACAAGCCAAGCACUUGCAGGACUGAUCACAUUGUCUUUACAUAUACUAAGGAAGGCAGUCUUCGUUAUUCUCCCAAGUCGCUUUUUGAUGUGGUGCUUGGCUUUAUAGCUGAUAAUAUACAGCAUGUUGACUCAUUAAUUGGCUUUCCAGAGCAGAUUGCAGAAAAACUUUUUAUUGCAGUAGAAGCGAGGAAAAAAUUUAUUGACCCUGACACAAGUACCAAGGCUCUAUUUAAAUUCAGUGAAGCUUACGGAAGUCUAGUGCUCCAGUCCCUGUGUUUACGAAACAGAUUUUUGAUGGUGUCAGAAAAAUUGGAAGAAAUCCAGUCUUUACGUGGUUUGAUAAGCUUGGAUCUGUCGAGCUGUAAGCUGGGGGAUGAACAUGAGCUCCUAAUACACUUAACAUCUGAAACUUUAGCAAGUCUCACUUGCUUAUUCCUUAAGGAUAAUGGCCUCUCAGACUCUGGUCUACAAAAAAUGACUGCAUCUGUUCGAGUAGUAAAGAAAGGUUUGGGGAAUUUGGAAGUGCUAGAUCUAUCUGAUAACUCCAGAAUCAGUGAGCACGGUAUGCGAUAUUUGUGCUGCUUUUCAAAACUGAGGGCUCUGGAUAUCUCGGGAACUGGUAUUAUGCCCAAUUGUUCAUCAGUCCAAAUGAUUCAGAACAAGUUGUCGCUUUAUCCUGCUGGGGAACCUCUGGAGGUGUUUAAGCAUACCUGCUGCAGAACAGAAGGCUGGGCAGAGCAGGUGGUUUAUCAAUGGGAACGUGUGUCUGUUAGACGAUGCGAGAAUAUUAGUGGCAGAACAGUGGCACAGCGAUUCUAUGGAGCAAACAAACUAAUCAGUGUAGGAACUGAUGGACUUUCAAAUACUGUGCAAGUCAACGAACCAAUCAGAAUACAGUUUCACAAAAAACCCAAUAAGGAUCACAGUGUGCAGUCCACUGUAACCUCCACUCUAGGGGCCAUGAAAAGAAGUGGUGGACAAUCUGAAGUGACUGGUUGUUCUUCCCUUCCUGUGAAACGUAAGCAUGCUGAGCUGACCUUGGAUGACUGGGACAUCUUGAACUGUUACUGAGAAGGACUCAGUAAUUUUCACAAGUCAUGUGAAAAAGAAUUAUGAUUCCCUGGUUUAAUGAGGCCUGGAUGGUUGAACUACAAUAUAAAGGUUUUAACGUUCAGCCUUUGUCUAAGAUGAAAAGUAUCAUGUUAUUUUACACCAUUUUUCAUCUUGAUUUCUGAAUUUAACUGCACUUUGAGUUGGAUGAUAAAUUGGAAUCAUGUAAUAAAUAUUUUUAGAUCACAAGA